GAUGAUUUACAUUUAUGAAAUGUAAUUGGAAACAAGCAUCAAUUUAAUUUUAAAAGGUUCUGAAAUACUUAAGUCAUGGAAAGAUCAUAAAACAAAAUUAGUUAUUGAAGAAGAGAAUCUUGAUCAUUGGGAUUUUACUUUCAGAACAAUUUAAGAGAGAAUUGAAUACAUGGCAAAUAGAUUGGACGAAUUGAGAAAGGUAAUUGAUACAGGCAGAAAAUUCUAAGUGUUUUUGAGUCCAAAUUUAAAAAAUUAACAAGAAAUGCUUAAGAAAUAGAUAAAAGAAUUGAAGAUGUUAAAUAAUUAAUAACUCCUAUUCUUAAUAGUCCAUAUAAUUAUUAAAAAAAUAGAAUAUUGACUAAACAUGAAUAACCAAAAGAAGAAAGGAAGUUGGAAUCGUCGAUAUACGAUGUUUUUUUAAGAUGAAUUUAAGACUUUGUAAAGGAAACAAAGAAAUUGAAAAAAAUGGGGUUUAAGAUUUAUUAGAGA